GAAAUGAAACACAAAUAAAACAAGCACAUUAUUUAAAAUUUCACUUUUUUUUUAGAAAAUUAUUAACUGAAAAUUUUAGUGAAGUAUAUAUAUGUUAGUUAUUAUUUAUAUUUCAAUUUAACUACAUUAUUAUUCUAUAUAAAAGAAAAGAAACCUUAUCAAGAUUAUAAUAUGCUUCAACCAGAUGAACUUGAUGCAAUAGAAAAAUUAAAUGAAUUAUGUGAAAAAGAAGAAAAAUUAGAUAAACAACCAUUUAAAAGAAAUCAUAAAAAUCAUCAUCAUGAACAUCAUAAUAAUAAUUUAUCAUCUGUAUUUCGUUGUAGUGAUACACGUACAUUGAAAGCAAUAAAAAAUGUAUCAAAAGAUGAAUUCAAUACUACUAAUACUACUGAUACUACUACUACUACCAAUACUACUAAUAGUAAUCAUAAUAGUAAUAUAGAUGAUAAUCAUUUAAUACCAACUGGUUUACCAAGAAUUCAAACAAAAAUUACUGUUAAAAUAUUAAAAUAUGAUUGUUGUAUCACAGUAAUAUUAGAUCCAACAACUAAAUUAAAUACAAUUAAAGCAAUGUAUGAUUUAAAUGAACAACUUAUUAUUAUUGGUUAUCAACGUUUAAUUACAUUAAAAACAUUAGAUCAUUUGCCAAUGAAAUUUAAUGCAAUUAUUGAACAAAAUAAUAAUUUAAAUUAUGAUUUAACAACAUACGUUGAACAUCGAUAUAAAGUAAAUUUAAAUAUGUAUUAUUUAAAUUCAGCGCGUGUAAAACAAAAAAAUAAUAUUGUUUAUAUUAUUAUACCGCGGAAAAUUUAAAUAUAUACAUAUUCAAUCAUAAUAAUAAUAAUAAUAAUAAUAAUAAUAAUAAUAAUAAUAAUA